AUGGCUGCCGGCAGGCUGUUGCUCUACACUGGCCUCUCGCUGGCGCUCUGCGCCCUCGGCAUGCUGGCCGUGGCCAUCUGCUCCGACCACUGGUACGAGACGGACGCGCGCAAGCACCGCGACCGGUGCAAGGCCUUCACCACGCGCCGCGUGGACCCGGGCUUCAUCUACAACAACAACAACAACCUCCCGCUGCGGGCCAGCCGCGCGCGCCUUGACCGCUGGGAGGGCAAGCUCCUGCGCGCCCGCAACCGGCGCCAGCUCUUCGCCAUGAGCCCCGCGGACGAGUGCAGCCGCCAGUACAACUCCACCAACAUGGGCCUGUGGAGGAAGUGCCACCGCCAGGGCUUCGACCCCGACAUCGCCGCUCUCAUCCGCAAAGGAGAGAUUGAGCGGUGCAGCUACAUUAAGUACCACUACUCCUCAGCCACCAUCCCCAGGAACCUCACCUUCAAUAUCACGAAGACCAUCCGCCAGGACGAGUGGCACGCCCUGCACCUGCGCAGAAUGACAGCCGGCUUCAUGGGCAUGGCGGUGGCCAUCAUCCUCUUCGGCUGGGUCAUCGGGGUGCUGGGCUGCUGCUGGGACCGAGGCCUUAUGCAGUACGUGGCAGGGCUGCUCUUCCUCAUGGGAGCUGCUUCUGUUGGGCCCACUCCUGGGUUCCGGCAACGGCUGGAGGAGGGAGGAACCUUCCUGGGCGCAGUGUGA